AUGGGGUUAACUUGUGAGGUUACGGCCAUUAUUAAGCUAAUUAAACAAUUGGUUUUUAAAAAGAUGCCCCGGCCAGCGGUCAACGCUUGCGAAUAUCCCAAGAACUCCUUAAUGAAUGAUAAUAUAGUAGUGCGUUUGGUCAAUUUAAUGCACCCUCUAGAAAGUGAAAGAAGGAAAGAAAGUCCAUCUUUCCACAUCUCUCCGGUUGAAAAAUUAAACAAAGAAACGGACAAGCCAUUUUUCCAAGAACCUCUUUCACAAAGCUGAUCAGGGAUUUGCAGGUUGAGCAAUCUCAACUGGGGCAUGGCUCAAAACGGGAGAGUUCACCCGAAUUGUGUGAACGCUAAUAAUCCUUACCAUGAGUGUGGUAUGUACUGCUUGGAAAAGAUUGCUCAGGGACAGGGACAGAAGGAAAAAAAGAAGUUGGAUAAUCACAAUGGUAUAAGGGACGUUGCAGUUACCAAAAAGAAGGAUGAACAGAGAAAAGUGCAUCCAAAUUGUCCUAAAGCAUCUAAUCCUUACCACGAAUGUGGUGACUAUUGCAUGUACAGAAAUGGCGAGGUCAAUGCUCUGGGGGUUAAAAAAGAAUCAGGCUCCUGGAGCUUUGGUCGGAAAAAGAAAGCAUAUGCAAGUCAACCAAAUUCUCCUCAAGAUGGCUCUUUUUCUGGCAUUGAUCCUGAUGCUAGAAAUACUCAUUCUGAACAUAAUCCGAAGAAAAAGGCUGAUUCAGGAAAUGAUGAGUCCUUUUCUUCUGAACAAUAUUCUGCUGAAAUUUAUCCUCAAGAUAAUUCUUUCAGCAAAGAGCAAAUUAAAUCCACUCAAUCAAUACCUCCAUCUGGGAAUAUCGGAAUGAAUAAUAGGUCCAAAGAUCCUCCAAAGGAGAUUGUUCCUGCUGCUGAUGAAGAACCACCAGCCAAACUUGAAAAGGAUGAGAAGCAUAAUGCCUUCCCGAAGGGUGGGGGUAUUGGAGAAGACAUUGCUAGAUCACCUAUUAGGUCUAGGAACUUUAGUUUCUUAGGUGUCAAUGAUGUUGAAGAAGACAGUGAUAGCGAUGAUGCAGAAUCUGUAAUUUCAGAUUCCUGUGUCUCGGUAGGAAAAUACCAAGUGAAAGCAAGUGUUUCCCCCAUUUUGCAGACAAUCUUGGACAAAUACGGAGACAUAGCAGCAAACUGUCAAUUAAAGUCAAAUUCCAUGCGUGCGUACUAUUUAGAAUGCCUUUGCGCCGUGGUUCAAGAACUGCAAGCAACUUCCUUCAUGCAGAUUACCAAAGCCAAAGUCAAGGAAAUGUUAGCUGUUGUUAAAGAUGUUGAAUCUGCACAAAUUGAUGUCGAUUGGCUGCGUGAUAUUCUCAGGGAGAUUUCAGAAGCCAUUGAGCUUACCAAUCGGCACCAAACCAUUGAAAGAGCAAAACUUACCUGUGAUAAUCUCUUGGCAUCAACAAGGAUAGAACUAGAAUCCCAAAUGCAAGAUUUAGCUCUCAAGGAAAAAGAAUAUGAAGCUGCCAAGGCUCUUGUUGCCGAAACUAAAACCCGCUUGCACGAACUUGAAUCAGAAUCUUCUGAGCUAGACAAAACCCUGGAAUCUACACGGUCCAAAGUCGAAACGCUGAAAAACAAGCCCCUGGCAGAUUAUCUGCAAAACUAGAAUUUCUAGUGUAAUGACUCAGUUGUUUGUUCUUAUUGCUUAAUAGUAGUGGUUGGAUGCACUAAGUUAAGUAUGUAAUUGAUUUUGAUUGGACUGGUACUAAAAUAGGGUGGAUAUGUAGUAAUUUGAAUUGAUGUUGUAUACAUUUGGGAGUUUUGAGGGUGUGCUUAUGUCUGUAUAGCCUCUGCGCUUGGGAAUACAAGCGACUCUAUGAGUGCUAAAAUCUGUCAUAAGUUCUAAGGUUAUUGUGAUUUGUAUUAAUUAUUAUUUUUCAUGUGAAACAAAGAUAUAAUUAUGAGAUAAUAUAAAAGUAAUAAUUUAUUUUA